GGACCUGGGAUAAGAGCAGCUGUGUUGACCAAAGUGCAUCCUGGCUCCAGGAGUAACUUCUUCACUACAAAGUGCAUCUCUGCCUUGUGGGAAAGUAUCUGAUUUCAAAAUGUCCAAGAGGUUGAAAUGUCCUCCUGACUCUCUUAAAGCUGCUGGCUGCACCAGGUACUUAAGAGGAUCAUAGAAAAAGAGCACCGUGUUUCUCUCUGAGCUCCAUGGCUUCACUGUGUUCCUUCAUGAUGUUUCUGCAAUGGGAUCCAGUAUACAGUGGACUGUCAAGAUCCCAGCAUGGCCAGCUGGGAUGAACAACAGAUAGCCAAAGACAUUUUUCUUUUUAUCAGCCUUGAUGGUUUGAAGGACCUUUUUUUAUCCCAUAGCCAUGAAAUACUGAUCUAAAUUAUGCCAACUUCAGCUUCAACCAUGACUUCCAGUGCAGGGAACAAAUCUACAUUGGUGUGAGACAAAGCAUGGAGGAGCUCACAGCUAUUUCCAAGCUGCCCAUCUCUUUGAUACUCUCCAAAAUAGACCAUGGGCAGAAGUAGCAGUGUAAUCCAGGUUCAACAGAUCUGUGGUCCCCAGAAGAGACCCUGAGGAGGCCUUCACAGCAAAUCGUUAAGCAAGCCACAUCAAUCUCUCUAGAGACUGGAGUGUGUCUAAAGAGUGCCGCCAUGAUGUGUGAGGUGAUGCCUACCAUCAAUGAGGGUGACCCCCUGGGGUCCCAGCCAGGGUCUGACUCCGAUGCCAACUUUGAGCAGUUAAUGGUGAACAUGCUGGAUGAGAGAGACAAGCUGCUGGAGACACUAAGAGAAACCCGAGAGACCCUGUCCACGACCCAGGGCCGGUUACAGGAGACUGUGCACGAGCGAGACCAGCUACAGAGGCAGAUAAAUUCUGCCCUUCCACAGGAGUUUGCAACACUGACAAGAGAACUCAAUGCGUGUCGAGAGCAGCUGCUGGAGAGGGAAGAGGAGAUUUCCGAGCUGAAAGCCGAGCGCAAUAACACGAGGCUCUUGCUGGAGCAUCUGGAGUGCUUGGUCUCUAGGCAUGAGCGGUCUCUGAGGAUGACUGUGGUGAAGCGCCAGGCCCAGUCCCCCUCUGGCGUCUCCAGUGAAGUCGAAGUUCUCAAGGCGCUGAAGUCGCUGUUUGAGCAUCACAAAGCGCUGGAUGAAAAGGUGAGAGAGCGCUUGCGAGCAGCAUUAGAACGAGUGACAACCUUAGAAGAACAGCUGGCGGAUGCCCAUCAGCAGGUAACUGCUCUGCAGCACGGCCCCGCACAGAGGGAAGCCCCACUAGGAGAAGAUGAGAAGAAGGCAGAGGGCAAGGAACCAGGGCAGAAGAUUCCAUGGAAGAGGCUGUCAAAUGGCUCUGUGCACCCCGAUGAUGAGGCGAGUCGCAUAGUAGAGCUGCAAGAACUCCUGGAGAAGCAGAAUUAUGAGCUUGCACAGGCUAAAGAGCGUAUAGCAGCUCUGGCUGCCAAUGUUGCUGAGUUGGAAGAGGAUCUAGGCACAGCCAGAAAGGACUUAAUCAAAUCAGAGGAGAUGAGCAGCAAGUACCAGAGGGACCUUCGAGAGGCCCUGGCUCAGAAGGAUGAUAUGGAGGAGAGGAUCACCACUCUGGAGAAGCGCUACUUGGCAGCUCAGAGAGAAGCCACCUCCAUUCAUGACCUCAACGACAAGCUGGAGAGUGAACUGGCCAACAAGGAGUCCCUCCACCGCCAGUGUGAAGAGAAGGCUCGGCAUCUGCAGGAGCUGCUGGAGUUGGCAGAGCAGAAACUGCAGCAGACGAUGAGGAAGGCAGAAACACUGCCAGAGGUGGAGGCAGAACUUGCCCAGAGAAUAGCAGCCCUCACAAAGGCAGAGGAGAGGCACGGGAGUAUUGAGGAGCAUCUACGGCAGCUGGAAAGUCAACUAGAGGAGAAGAACCAGGAGCUGGCAAGAGCCCGUCAGCGGGAGAAGAUGAACGAGGAGCAUAACAAGCGGCUGUCUGACACUGUGGACAGAUUGCUGAGUGAGUCCAACGAGCGCCUGCAGCUUCACUUAAAGGAGCGGAUGGCAGCUUUGGAGGAAAAGAACACCCUAUUACAAGAGCUGGAAAGUACACAAAAGCAGAUUGAGGAGCAGCAGCAUGACAAGAGGAGGUUGUCCGAUGAAAUCGACAAGCUGAGAUUAGAGGUUGACCAGCUAAAGACAAGAAGUGGAACCUUUGUGGACAGCGUACACACAAGAUCCCACAUGGGAAGUGCCACGGACCUGAGAUAUCCACUGAGCACUGUGGUUCAUGCCCCUGCUGAGCCCUUUGGUACUGCCACUGGACUGCACCGGGCACAGAAGGGCCGAUUUUCAGCUCUGCGGGAUGAACCCCCCAAGGACUGGGAGCAGGCUCAGCCAAGCGGCGUCCUGGCCACCGUGUCUCACACUUUCGACAGUGACCCGGAAAUCUCCGACGUGGAUGAGGAUGACCGAGAGACGUUGUUCAGUUCCAUGGAUGUGCUGUCCCCCAGUGGGCACUCUGAUGCCCAGACCCUGGCUAUGAUGCUACAGGAGCAGCUGGAUGCCAUAAAUGAGGAGAUCAGGAUGAUUCAGGAGGAGAAGGAAUCUACGGAGCUGCGUGCCGAGGAGCUGGAGACCCGCGUUACCAGUGGCAGCAUGGAAGGCUUGAAUCUGACGCAGCUGCGUAAAAGGGCCUCUAUCCCCACCUCUCUGACUGCUCUGUCCCUGGCCAGCUCCUCCCCAUCUGUCAGUGGGCGCUCCACCCCAAAGCUCUCCUCUCGCAGCGCCGCUCAGGACCUCGACCGCAUGGGGAUAAUGACACUGCCCAGUGACUUGAGGAAACACCGAAGGAAACUGCUUUCGCCAGCAGCUCGGGAUGAGAACCGAGAAGAUAAAACCACCAUAAAAUGUGAGACUUCCCCUCCUUCCUCUCCCAGGACGCUGCGGCUGGAGAAGCUGGGUCAUCCUGCACUCAGUCAGGAAGAUGGAAAAAGCUCUCUGGAGGACCAGACAAGCAACCCAAGCAGCAGUAACAGCAGCCAGGACUCUCUGCACAAAGGUUCUAAGAGAAAAGGGAUCAAAUCUUCCAUUGGGCGCUUGUUUGGGAAGAAGGAAAAAGGACGUCUCAUUCAGCUGAGCAGAGAAGGAGCCACUGGACAUGUUCUGAUGACUGAUUCUGAGAUUGGCCUACAAGACACCCUGGGGCUUGGUAAGCUGGGAGCUCAAGCAGAGAAGGACCGACGGAUGAGGAAGAAGCAUGAACUCUUAGAAGAGGCUCGAAGAAAAGGUUUGCCUUUUGCUCACUGGGAUGGCCCAACUGUUGUCUCAUGGCUAGAGCUGUGGGUGGGGAUGCCAGCCUGGUAUGUUGCAGCCUGCAGAGCCAACGUGAAAAGUGGUGCCAUCAUGUCUGCCUUGUCCGAUACCGAAAUCCAGAGAGAAAUUGGCAUCAGCAAUGCCCUACACCGGCUGAAAUUGCGUUUGGCCAUUCAAGAAAUGGUGUCCCUAACGAGCCCUUCAGCUCCACCCACCUCGAGGACGUCCUCUGGAAAUGUCUGGGUCACACACGAAGAGAUGGAGAACAUGGCAACUUCCACAAAAACGACACUAGCCUAUGGGGACAUGAACCAUGAAUGGAUUGGGAAUGAAUGGCUGCCAAGUCUGGGUCUCCCUCAGUAUCGCAGCUACUUCAUGGAGUGUCUCGUUGAUGCUCGAAUGCUGGACCAUCUGACCAAGAAAGAUCUCAGAGUGCAUCUAAAGAUGGUUGACAGCUUCCAUCGUACUAGCCUGCAGUAUGGCAUCAUGUGCCUGAAGAGGUUAAACUACGACCGCAAGGACCUUGAACGGAGGCGAGAGGAUAGCCAACAUGAAAUCAAAGAUGUAUUGGUCUGGACCAAUGACCAGGUCAUUCAUUGGAUUCAGUCCAUCGGGCUUAGGGAGUAUGCUAAUAACCUCAUCGAGAGUGGAGUACAUGGAGCACUCCUAGCUUUGGAUGAAAAUUUUGACCAUAAUAGUCUGGCACUUGUAUUACAAAUACCCACUCAGAACACCCAGGCUCGACAGGUGUUGGAGAGAGAAUUCAACAAUCUGCUUGCCUUGGGCACCGAUAGAAGGCUAGAUGAUGGUGACGACAAGGACUUCCGGCGAACUCCAUCCUGGAGAAAGCGGUUCCGCCCUCGCGACAUUCACAGCAUCAACAUGCUCAGUGGGUCGACUGAGACAUUGCCUGCUGGAUUCCGAGUAACCAGCUUGGUGCCACUGCCGCCGCCUCCUGUCCCACCGAAGAAAAUGCCGCCAGAAGCACAUUCCCACUACCUGUAUGGCCACAUGCUGGCUGCCUUCCAGGACUAGCCCAGGGUACAGGCCGUGCCUGUUCCUCAGCUCCAAAGAACAGACACUAAAAUCCAACCACUUAAGGCCACAUGGACCGGAAAGGACGUUCUCUCCCUUCUGCUUGUACACAGCCCCCCAAUCUCCUGUUUGAUCCUCAUAGGUACCAGUAAUGUCUGUGGCUUUUCUGUCAUCCUUUUUCCUCACCUGGGUUGUAGCAUAUACUUUUCUGAGAGAGGACAUGGGUUUCUCUCUGCUGCAGGUGUGUUCAGUAGACAGCACUGUGUUUCUGUCCGAGGUUUGGGAUGGCCUGACCAAACAUGAGAGAUGGAGGCACCUUGAAUCUGGUCUGCAAUAUUUGUAAACCUCUUUUCUGUGUAUAUUUCAUUUUGCCAAUAUUUCUGAGGGCAGCUGAGCCUGCUUGUUCUUGCCACGGGCACCUAGGAGCCAAGAGAAGACUUCUGCCAAGAGAAUGAGAGAUCAGGAAUUCAGAACAUCGCACUUCUGAAUUCUUCCUCCUCUACAAUACACAAGCCAGCAUGCUGUGCCCUCAGGCAAGGACCUUCUGCUGAGACAGGCUGCAGUGGCACAGGGGGAAAAGGGGCUUCUAAACCAGGCUGCUGUGUUACCCUUAGGAGUGGGAAGCAUCUGUGUCAAUCCAAGGCUGGAGACUGCUCAAUGGCAAUGGGUUUGUAGUGGGGUUUAUGCCAUAGAGAACAAAAGACUAUGAUAAGGAUGGAAGCUGGGAAGCAUCGCCGCUGAUGCAGGGCAGAGGGCUGCUCCUUCUAAAGUGGCACAUUAGGCCAUUCCACACAGCAUUUCCAGGUACCAUUUGUACACAAUCGUGUGCAUGUAAGAGCCAAACUGAUGCUGAAAGCACCCUGAGAAUUUCAGGCACCCAAGCAGAGCUGCACUGGGCUGUGUGGGGAAAGGCUGGCACCAUCCCCACAUCUCCCUGUCCCACCCACGAAUGGACCAACAGAACUGCAUGUGACACAUUUUAGAAGUACCAUGGUUGAUGCUCCCACCUCUCAUGGGUGCAUAGGGAGUUCCUGCACCUUCACCCUCUCAAUGCGUAGGAACUGCCCAUGCCUCCCUCCUUGAGAUUCCAGAUAGCAAUCAAUUCAGGAGGCUCUUGACUCUCUCUAUUUCUUCCUUGUAGGGUAGGAUCUAUUUGUCUCUUCAUGCCACUUUUGCCUUGUGUGGCCCCUGUUUCUGAUGUGGUAUUUAUUGAUGGCUGGAAUGACCCAUACUUAUAAUGUGCUGUUUGGAAGUGCAAUAUCAGAGAGACUGUACAGUUGCAAUGUCUUUUUGGUGUAUUAUUGCCUAAUACAGUAUUAAAUAUUUUUUUAAUUUGAAGAGUAAGUGACCCCUUUAUAUCAAUGCCCUAUUUCUUUUGUCAUAUUGGUACUGCAUGGAUUCCAAACCCUGGAACUGGGUCAGGAAAGGAUAUAUGUGUGUUCCAAUAAACAGGAUUUU